UUUUGGGCAGUCUUCCAUGCUGAGAAUCUUCACCUCGAAUGGGUCAUCGAUGACCAUGCCGUUGAGUUCAAGUGCUGCGCUCGCCCGGCUGGCCAUGCCAUGCAGCAAGACCCACUGGUCAAUACGCACAGUGCUGACGAGCGCGCGAUCGCCCGCCGCCGCGGUGGUGAUGGAGCCGCGCACUAGCGCAUCGAGGUCUGCGUUGCGGUGGUUUGGCACUUCAGCUGCAGGAGGCCCAAGCCAGUCCAGAUACACGCGUGCUACGUUCCGAGACCCGAGUGGAUCGUCCUACUAUGACGAGUCGUCGUCGUCGUCGUCGGGUGGUCGCUGGUCUGGCGGCAGUCACAAUCGCGGCUGGUUCCGGAACUUUGGCAAUCGGCUUCAGCCCAAGACGGUCGUUAUUGGUCUUGUAGGCCUCAACUGCACGGUAUUUGCUCUGCAGCACAUUGGAGAUGCGCUUCGAUCUCAGCGAGAUUACCGGUUGAGUAACUUCCUGGCGCUGAACUUUACCCUGCACUGGGACAACAUUCGUCGUCAUCGCUACUGGACCAUGUUCACGCAUGCAUUGACGCACAAGGAUCCGAUGCAUUUGUUGAUGAACAUGGUUGGAUUGUACUCAUUUGGCCUGCAGGUGGCAAGCUACUUGUCUCCUGCUAGGUUUUUGGCCGUCUACUUUGGUGCCGCGGGUUUGGGCGCUGCGUUUGAGCUCGAGUACGAGCGCCGAACGCAAACGCGCCACUCGGUGAUUGGUGCCUCUGAUGCGGUUCUCGGCUUGAUUUCCUUAUCCGUCGCCAUGUUCCCACAAUCAAAGGCCUCCCUCUUCUUCUUGCCAAUUGCAAUUCCAACUGCAAUUCCACUUUUGGGCAUUGUGGCGUAUGACCUGUACCGUUGUGCGACAGGCGUUGUCUACACGGCGUCUCCCGCGCAUCUGGGCGGCACUGCGUUUGGCGUCUUGUACUAUUUGCUGCGUCUUCGCGGGCGUCGCUGAUUUUGUAUUAUUAUUAUUUCUGUCAACAUUGCUCUUGUUCCCACUCCAAUGUCGGCCUAUUGUGUGUCGUUUUUUGAGCGGAAAUGCAAUGGACUUCACGCCCA